CGCUUCAGAAAAUUUGGCGUCCUGACCCCUCAAAAUGAAACAACCUAACGUCCACCCAGAAGCAUUAGUUUAUAGACAAAUGAAUAGAGACUUAAAGCUCGCGCCGCAACGCUGCCGGCAGGCCACGCAGGCUCGGCCCCUGCUGGACGUGGUUGCCGGCGGAGCGAAGUAGAUCUGGCGACUGCGUUUGGCGGAAGGGCGGGCCUGAUUGUUUGACACUUCGACACUUUUUACUGAUAACCGAGUGAUUCGGAAAAGACCCAGGUGCGGGCGGGUUUUCCUACCCAUGCCUUACGGGCAGGGCGAGUAGGCAAACUUGUCCGCACUUCGUCUUUUCUAAACCACCCGUAGUACUUCCUACUUUUUGACUACCUUUAACUGUACCAUUUCGUCAAUUUUGUCUUUAGGCUAAUCGCAUCCGCCCAUCAGACAUUCCCUCCUGUUUUUCCGAGAGGAAUACGAAUCUCGUUACCUUUCAACUUGCGUACUGUACGUACAGAAAAAGAUAAAUGUUCCCCUCAAUACUGUGCAGAACAUGGGCUUGUACCAGGUCACCGCAUGAGACAUUAUACAAGGACCUUCAAAUUAUACUCGAUCCAAAGGCAUUUAUGGUGUGUUUGGGCCCAGCGAUAAACACCGUCCAGCCCAAACGGUAAGCAACAGUCGAGCAGGGCAAGUGAGGACUGACACUCGUGUGAGGUUGCAGCUUUCACGCUUACCUUAGGGCGUUGUAUUAACGUAUAGCAGACAUGUCGUUACCGAUCAUCAAGGAGGAGCUCGCCGGGAAGCACGUGUUUGUGACCGGGGGCUCGGGGUUCAUGGGCAAGGUGCUUGUGGAGAAGCUGCUCCGUUCGUGCCCAGACGUGGAGUGCAUCUACCUGUUGCUGCGGCCAAAGCGUGGAGUCAGCGCCCAGGACCGGGUGGAGCAGAUCGUACAGACACCACUGUUCGGCCCUUUGCUGAGCGAGCGGCCCUCGGCCACGGCCAAGCUGCGCGCGGUGGCGGGGGACUGCAGCCAGCUGCGCCUGGGGCUGAGCGCCGACGACGAGGCCCUGCUCGUGGACAACGUAUCGUACGUGUUCCACGCCGCGGCCACGGUGCGCUUUGACGACCCGCUGCAGUCCGCCAUUCUGCUCAACACGCGCGGCACCCGCGAGGUGGUCGAGCUCUGCAAGAGGAUGCCUCGCCUUCAGGUGCUGCAGUACGUGUCCACGACCUACUGCUUCACCAAGGAGCCUGUCCUCAAGGAGCGCGCCUACCGGGCCCACCUGGACUGGCGCACUAUGAUUCGCAUAGCCGAGACGGAGGACAAGGGCGUCCUGGAUGCAGUGACGCAUAAGGUCCUCGAUUACCAACCCAACACCUACACCCUCACCAAAGCCUUGGCUGAGAACGUCAUCAACGACGCCCGGAACGACAUUCCUGUCAUGAUUUACCGACCUGCAGUAGUGAUCAGCAGUUUGCAGGAGCCUAUUCCAGGCUGGCUGGACAAUAUGAACGGUCCGUUCGGUAUCUGGAUCGGAGCAUGUAAAGGCGUGUUGAGGUUCUCGUGGGGGGACCCAAAAGUGGCGUUGUCUUACACCCCUGUGGACUGGGCAAUUCGGGCCAUGAUCAUUCUGGCUGUCGCCAAGGCGACUCGCGCGCCGGCCCUAGAAACAAAUGCCGAAGAGGUGGAUGUGGUCCACUUAGAAGGUUCCGGCUACGACAGAUCGACCUAUGGUCUGCAACGUGAUACCUUGCCAUCCGUCUUAAAAUACGCCCCUAAUGCCAUAAGAUAUCCCCGAUAUCAUAUAGGCAGAUGCUACGUCUAUUAUUGGCUGGGGACAAUGCUUAGCCAGGUAUCCUACGGCCUGGCCAUAGAUUGCAUACUGCGGCUCAGUGGCCAAAAGCCUAGGUUGACCGGCAUGUACAGAAAAAUUUUCUACACAAAUCAAGCUUUGGCAUACUUUAUGAUGAACGAGUUUCCCAUUGAAACUCAGAAAGCCAACAAAGUACACAACGCACUAAGACACCAGGACAAAUCGUCGUUCGGCUUAGAUAUAACCGAUCCUUCUUCUGGACUACAUUACGACAGAGAAACUUGUAUGCGAGAGACAAUACAAGGGGCAUUUCAAUACGUGCUCAAAGAGACUGGCACAACGGAAAAGAAUUUGAAAAGGCUCCAGAGAUUAUAUGUUCUCGAAGUAGUUAUGAACAUAUUAUGGUGUUUCGUAAUGUACUUCACCGUUGGAAGAUUUUUAAUUCGAAAAAUAUAUUAUCUCUUAAUGUAAACUGCUACGCAGUCUUAGCACAUUGCCUUUUACCAAAAAAACGAUGCGCCUACCAGCACUGCUUAAAACGACCCUGCGCCACGGAAGGGAAUACAUCUAUUACCAACAUUCGAAUAUAAUAUUUGUAUUCAUAACCGAACAUGUUCAUGAACCAUCUAAUAA